GCGACUCAGCGCUCCCGCACCUCCCACCGGGAAGCGAGGCGGGAGCAGCUCAGCGCCUGCCCCAGAGUGGCUGCCGGGGGAGGCAAGGCGGUGGGGAUUCGUGUUGGAGGCAGAGACACUUGGUUCCAGCAACAUGGAUGAUGACAACAGCUGGAAGUUCCGCAAGCAGCUGCUUUUUGUUGAUGAAAAUCUCAGGGCUGAAGAGGUAGAAGCUUUAAAAUUUCUCUGCACUGACUUGCUGCCCUUCGGUAGACUAGAAAAUGUGAAGUCAGCACUGGACAUCUUUCAGCUUCUCAUGGCUGAAGAUUAUCUGAACGAGGAAGAUAAUUUCAUACUAGUUGAACUCUUAUACAGAAUUAACUGCCACUCCUUGCUCAGGAAACUUGGUUAUUCCAAGCAGAAAGUGCAAGAAUGUCUGCCUGAGAAGGGAAGAGUGUCUCUGUACAGGCAGAUGCUGUAUGACCUGUCAGAGAACAUCACCAGUGAGAUGCUGAAGGAAGCUGUGUUCCUCCUGCAAAAGCAUCUUCCAAAGCAGCAGUCUGCCCUGGAAUUGAUGAUUUUAUUGGAAAAACAGGGCCUUUUAACUGACAACAACGUACAGGUGCUGGAGGAACUCUGUGUGAAUGUUUCACCUGAUCUCCUGGAAAUAGUAAACUGCUACAAAAAGACAAAAGUGUCACUGCCUCAGCAGGAAAACACUCUGCCCAUCAAGGAAUCCUCACUGUCUCACACCGGAGAUGUCAGAGUACUUGCUAACUCACAGGUGACCUCGUUCGAGUCUCUCAGCUCUAAUAUUAAUGAUAACAAAGCAGCAAAUCUUACACAAGGCUUCUCUGAAAUGCACCUGGAGCUGCCUGGAGGAUUGAACAAUGCAGAAAAUGAAUCCAAGAGCAUGACAAGCUACAAAAUGGAUGGACCACACAGAGGAUUCUGUCUUGUUAUUAAUAAUGUUGACUUUGAUGGAUCUCUCCUGGAAAGGAAGGGCUCUUGCAAAGAUGCUGGAGAACUGGAGAGAGUAUUCACGUGGCUUGGUCUAGAUGUGAGAAUUUACAAAAACAAGACAUCUACGGAGAUUAAAGAACUCAUGGAAAGGUGGCAGCGUUUCCCAGGUCACAAAGACAGGGACUGCUUUGUGUGUUGUAUUCUAUCUCACGGAGAGUCAGGAGCCAUCUAUGGGAAAGAUGAGGUGCUCGUAUCAAUCCGCACCAUUAUGUCCCACUUCACUGCCAAGCAGUGCCCACAGCUGGCUGAAAAACCCAAACUCUUCUUUAUCCAAGCGUGCCAGGGCAAGGAGAUCCAGCAGCCUGUCCACAUCGAGGCUGAUGCACACGUUCCCUUCACACAACAGAGUGUUUCUCCUUCUGAAAGCAUUCCUGAAGAGGCUGAUUUCCUCCUGGGAAUGGCCACAGUUGAUGGCUUUGUCUCUUUCCGGCACAUUCAACAGGGGGCUUGGUACAUUCAGGCCCUGUGCAAUAAACUGGAGCUGCUGGUACCAAGGGGUGAAGAUAUUUUGUCAAUUCUUACAGAAGUUAAUGAAGAUGUGAGCAGACGUGUUGACCGCUUUGGGACAAAGAAGCAGAUGCCCCAACCAGCAUACACCUUAAGAAGAAAAGUUAUAUUCCCAAUACCUAAAGAGCCUCCUCCUCCUUCACAGCAACACGGAGGCUUUUAAAACACAUCCCUUUGUCAGCACAUCUCAUAUAAACACAGUUCACUACACUACCUCUCUUAAGGCAGUUACCUCAAAUCCUGCAGAACUGUUAGCUUCAAAGCAAAUUUUUAUUACCAAGCAAACUAUGAAAUUGGAGGAGACACAACUAAAACAAUCUAUGUGCCAGCUGUUUCCAUCACCUGUAUAUUUGCAGCUAGCAGGAUUGGGUGAAGCAUGCUUUUCUAACACAUACCUGCACAGGGUGAAGAUAUAAAAGUGUAUUUCUGACAGUCUUAAGAGUCACAGGUAGCCUUCCAUAUCUAAACCAGGAUUGUUAAUGGUUUGGUUUAGGCUCAUUGUGUUUUGUUUUGCAGGCUGACAAUCCUGCCUCUACAUCUACUAGUUGUGUUCAUUGAGAAAGACAAAGGUGGUGUUUUCAUAUCACUUCUCAGGGGAGAAUUUAGAGUAGAAGAUUUACAUGCCAUAAAAUGUGGCACUCAGUAGAGUAUAGGUUUAGUACACUGGUCAGCUUUGUUAAGCAUUAAUUUCUGAUUAUUGUUUUUUAAGAUCCAAAAUGCACAUGGGAAUCAAAGCUCCUUGCUGCUUGAGCUUGUAAGACUCCCGUGAGUUCACUGAAAUAGUGUCAUGAUGUUUUGUUACAAGCAAUUACUAUGAAUGUUGGCUUCCUUUCUGCUUUUUACUGCAUUAAAUUUAUACUCCUUUUUAAAUGCUUGGUGAGCUACAAAUUAUGUCCUGAAGUAAGACUUCUCAUUUCUGACUGACUCCUGGACUUUGUUGUUGGACUGCAUGAAUCAGUGGGGUUUUCACUGCCUCAGGGUUUAAACCAAAGCGAAAGUUUAUUUCAGCAAAACACUAGCUGUUAUUUCUGAUUACUGGCCAUGAGUUAGGGUGAAGGUGUGAGAGAGUGCUGUUGGACACAAUUUUUAGCCUGCACUAUUGAGAAUUUUUAGGAGGGGAGCAUUGCAAUGCAGGCAGUUCACUGAAACUCAGUGGUCACUUUGUGUCUUGACGAAUGGGUCAUGAUGAAUGUUGCAUUUGAGCCUUCUGAGUUAGCAUGGCUCCCACACUUGAAGUCACAUUUUUGUCCCAG